AUGCCGUCUGAGCUUUUCAAUGGAAAAUUUUUCUAUUGCACCGACAAAACAAAACACUUUGCACAUCAGUGUCAAGGACAAUUCUUUGUAUAUAACAAUCAGAAUGAUCCACCUCGUGUCGAGCAGCGGAAGUGGUUACUGAGGCCGUUAAAUUAUGAUAAUGCCAUCAACGCCAUGCUCACAUUAUUCGUGGUGACAACAGGAGAAGGAUGGCCUGGUAUUCGUCAAAAUUCCAUGGAUGCGACAUAUAAGGAUCAAGGGCCCAGUCCAUUCUAUCAUGCGGAGGUCGCCUUGUUUUACGUGAUGUUCUUCAUUGUGUUCCCGUUCUUCUUCGUCAAUAUUUUUGUGGCUUUGAUCGUAAUCACAUUCCAAGAACAGGGUGAGAUUGAACUGGCUGAAGGCGAUUUAGACAAGAACCAGAAACAGUGCAUUGACUUUGUGUUGAAUGCUCGCCCACGGUCACUAUUUGUGCCUGAAGACAAGAACUCCGUAAGAUAUCGCAUCUGGAAACUUGUAACAUCAGCUCCUUUCGAGUACUUCAUUAUGGCAAUGAUCUGCUGCAAUACCAUCAUCCUGAUGAUGAAGUUUCAUGGAAAUUCCGAAUUUUGUGAAGAAGUUCUCAGGCUCUUCAACACUGCCCUCACAGCUGUUUUCACUGUCGAAACCGUUCUGAAGAUAUUGGCAUUCGGUGUUAGAAAUUAUUUUCGAGAUGGUUGGAAUAGAUUUGACUUCGUUACAGUUGUCGGUUCUAUCACUGAUGCUCUCGUGACAGAAUUUGGAGGGCAUUUCGUUUCGCUAGGGUUCCUUCGUCUGUUUCGCGCUGCCAGACUCAUUAGACUUCUGCAGCAAGGUUACACAAUCCGUAUACUUCUGUGGACAUUCGUACAAAGUAUCAAGGCUCUCCCUUACGUCUGUUUGUUAAUCGGAAUAAUGUUCUUCAUUUACGCAAUCGUAGGAAUGCAGGUGUUUGGUAAUAUCAAGUUGAACGCAGCAUUUGAAGUCAACCGUCACAACAAUUUCCAAUCAUUCUUCAACUCACUGAUCCUACUAUUUCGUUGCGCAACUGGCGAAGGUUGGCAGGAUAUCAUGAUGGCUUGCACUGCUCAAAAAGAGUGUGCUCGAGCGGGACAUCUUGAGAUAAACUACGCCAAGGGUCAGACAUGUGGUAGCAAUAUCAGUUAUGCUUACUUCACAUCCUUUGUCUUCCUUUCGUCGUUUCUAAUGCUGAAUCUUUUCGUUGCUGUUAUUAUGGAUAAUUUCGAUUAUCUUACUAGAGAUCCAUCAAUCCUUGGUCCUCAUCAUCUGGAUGAAUUUAUUCGAGUUUGGGCAGACUACGAUCCUGCAGCAACCGGGAGAAUUCAUUACACGGAAAUGUACGACAUGCUACGGAAUAUUGCUCCACCAGUCGGAUUCGGUCGAAAUUGCCCUUACCGAUUAGCUUACAAACAUUUAAUACGCAUGAACAUGCCAGUAGCAGAAGAUGGGACAGUUCACUUCACUACAACACUUUUCGCUCUAAUUCGAGAGAGUCUAAACAUCAAAAUGAGACCCGUGGAGGAGAUGGAUGAAGCUGACAGGGAACUGAAAAAGUCUCUCAAGAAGAUGUGGCCUUUGCAGGCGACGAAAGACAUGAUCGAUCUACUAAUACCACCUGAUCAUCGUAAAGGCUCUACUGACUUUCAACCUCAUAAAGAAAACCAGUUUUCUGCAGAACUUUGCUUGCAAAGGCUAACCGUGGGGAAAGUCUAUGCUGGGCUGCUGAUUCUUGAAAAUUACCGAGCGAAAAGGAAUAGAGCAGAGGUUACUAUUGGAAGUCUAUUUGACGGUGGCCUUCACGAGUUGGUGGCCGCUGCAAGGGCAGCCGAGGAAGCUAACCAAGUGUCGAGCCCACGGGCUGACGAGGCAAGCACUGAGGAAGGCGAAGAAUCAUUGACAUGUUUUUGUGAGCCACAGAAAAUGUCAAGAGCAGUUACAAGUGGUUAUCGCAUCUCCGACAUAUUCUCUCGAACUCGUCGUAGCGCCGGAGCAGGAGCCCACGACCCGCUACAGGCGGAGCAGUUACUGUCAUCUCAACAAUCCAAGACUUCGUCUCCCUUUCAGCUGUGUCUGUAUAAAGAAAGGAGUCCUCCAAUUUUUGGCGAGAGCUAUACGCCCCGUUAUGGAAUUAGAGAUACGGUUCCUUGUUUUGACUACGAGAUGUCGUUACGAGAUUUACCGCAUCGCAUGCCUUUCCAUGCACAGCUUCAUCACUCUCCAGGUCCAAGUACUUACACUUCGCAUCCUUUUCAGUAUGCGCAAAACCUUUACUGCAACAGAAGCCCAGACACACCUUCGGAAAAUAGCCGAAGAGAGACUGGUUUUGUGCAAAGACGUUAUUUGCCUCUAAUCGGCUCCACACAACAAGAUCUUGUGUCUCCAUCAUACGAAUCUUCCUCAGUAGUUUCUCCUAUAUGGUCUGACCGACAUGAUUUUUGUACGACUAGAGAAUAUCGCUACGACGUUCCGUCACCGAGUCCUCCAGAUAAUUAUCACGGCUACAACCAAUGACUUUUGUUUCCAUCGUCC